AUGGCGCAAGUAAAAGAAUGUAUACAAAAAGCAUACGAAUGUUCAAAAGUACGUGACACUGUUGUUCCGAAAAGUUGUUUGCGCAACCCAUCCAAGCUUAAUUGUAGAUGUAAAAGUAUCGAAGCUUGCAAAACAUUAAAGAAUGAAUAUAAAUACGUCCAGCCAUGUCGCCCGGAUCUGUGUAUACCUGCCACGCAAACACACUUAAGCGAUGCGCGGUUUACUGACGACUCCAUCUACAGUCGUUCAUUCUACCAACAUAACGUUUGUCGUGCCAAACCUGUCGUACACCCUGAUCACAUAGUAAUGGCCGGUGAAUUUCAGGAUGAAACAGUGCACAAGCUAAGUUACCCAGUACAAUGUGCGCCAGUAGUGCAAAAAAUCACACCUAAAGACCACUGUUUGACGGGUACGGGACCCAUGCGGCUGAUAACUACUCAACAACAUGAUUACUACGGGCCGUGCGAUGGCGGGCGCCGGAAGAACAUUAUACCGUCAGGCAACCUUAUUCGGUCUGAAUGUCCGAUGGCUGGGUUGACUACUACCAACUUAUCGUACCAACCAGUGUGCGCAGGGCCGAUGGAGAAUUACAAACCACACGCUUGCUAUACCGUUCCCGUGGAAGGAAUGGAUAUGAAUACCGUUCAAAGAUGUAGCUACAAACUAGUCGAACCGAAGGAAAAACUCCCAACUCCGUGGGCAGAAAAAGUGGAAUAUUGUAAACCAGAAGACGCAGUGGAAUGCUGUACGGUGUACAACUACAGUUAUAAAGAACCGGGUGUAUACAUGUUGGAUGAUGGGUGUGGAAACACACUUGAUAUUGUCGCAGAAAGUAAUUUAGAAAACUGUUGUCCACCUACUUGUCUGGCUGAUAAUGUGGAUAAUGAAUUUAAAUCACAAUUCAUCAAGGCUCAUCAGUUUGAUGAUUAA